AUGGCGUCCAACGACGGUCCACCGCUGUCCCUGCGUCCAUUUCCCGUUGCUGACAACAAGAGCAAGAGCAUCGGCGAGUUCGUCGCGCGCGUCAAUGCCCAACCUGGCGGAUUCCGAGCCCUCACGGCGGACAAGCUGAGGGAGGAGAUCAAAAUCAGCGAGGAGAAUGGCGUGGCCGGGCCGGACGGCGACGCCAUGUCGGACGACGAUGACCAAGACGGGGUCGACAACGACGACGACGACGAGGCCGCCAAGGAUCCCCUCCUGGCCCGCCUCGAAGUCCUCAAGAACCUCGACGUCGCCGGGAACACGGCCAUGCUGACCCUCGACACCCUCUCCCUCCUCCUCUCCAAGCAGAACCCGACGCACGCCGGCCUCACCCUCUCCCAGCAGCUCCGCGACAUGGUCGGCAUCGGCACCCUCGGCGCCGACAAGCUCGGCGAACCCACCGUCAACGAGGCGAGGACCAAGGAGCAGGCCGAGGUCGCCAUCGGAUGGACCCUGAUGGAGAUUGACAAGGCACGCAACGCCGCCCGCGAGGCGACCGCCUUUCUGGACCGUGAGGUCGCCGCCGAAAGCAAGUACUGGGAGGAUGUCCUGGCCGUCAAGCAGGCCGGCUGGUCCGUUUGCAAGGUGCCGAAGGAGAGAAACACGCUGGGCGUCAGGUUCGGCUUCUCGGAGGCGGCGCCCGAGUUCAAGAGCAACAGUCUCGCCCCGAUGCGGAGAGGCGACGACGGCGCCGUCGAGCUUGAUCUCGACCGCUUAGGCGGCGUCUCCGAGGGCCUCGUUGUCACAUACGAGAAGAACGGCAAGGUCGUCGGCCGGUCUGUCCCCCGCCGACGACGCGACGACACCUCGCUCGAGCACCGCAUCCUCGAGGCCCGCAACACCAUCUUCACCCAGGAACUCUGGCACGAGCUGACCCGGGAGUCGCGGGCGCUGAUGGCCUACGAUGUCCGAUUCGAAGGACGACGGCUCCUGUUCGACGUCGACAAGUCGACCAGGAUCACCUUCGAGCUGCUGUCCCUCGAUUCCUGCCCCGCAGACGACUCGACGCUGCCCGAGUCCGACACGGCCGAGGCGAUCUCCUCGUCACUGCACAUCCUGCUCAGCUACGCUCACAGGUACAACGAGCUUAUGAGGACUCGGCCCCUGCCGCCGCACGUCUCUCGCUCCAGGGGCCAGCAGACCUACACGCUGCUGCGGCCCAUCAUCGCCCGCGCCAUGUACAUGCUCAACGUGCGCGCCUGCACCCGUCACGCCGCCAACCUCGUCAAGGCCAUCAGGAAGACGGGCCUGCCUGCCUCCUUUGCCCUGCACACGACGCAGGCCUGCACCGCCGACGCCGGCCCUGGCGGCCCCAACCAGCCGUCAGCCACGCAGACGUUGAUCCGACAUAUGUUGCAGCCUCUCGAAUUCACCAUCAGGCUCACCAUCCUUGCCGAUACUUCGCUCACCAUCCGAGGCCGCACCUUUCUCCUCCCCUUCACCGGCAGCUACUACCACGUUCACCUACCAGCCGACUCGCCGCUCAAGGGGUCGGACGCCCCCCUGGCCGACGGGUACUCCACCCUCGCCGCCCUGGCGGACUACACGCACGCCGCAGUUGCCCGCUCCCUCGGCCGGCACGCAUUUGCCCGACUCGUUCGCUCGUUUCCCAAAGUCGAAUGGUCCCGCGACAUGAUCGGCACGAGCAUCCGCGACGGCGAUGCCGACGAUCCGCUCGUCCACCUUUCCGUCGAGAGCCGAGACGCCUAUCCCGCCAUCGUGCUCGCCGGCGUCGUCAGGGCACAGGGCAGGCGGGACCUCAGGACGUGGACGUGGACCUCUUCGGAACAAGAGGCCAGCGAAAGCCAGACGCUGGAGGAAUCGGUCGAUGAGAUUGCUUCCAGGGCUACCUCAUAG